AUGCGCCUAAUCACGCACAACAUGCUCUACUGCAACAAGAAGGGCGUCUCGAACGGCUUCCCGCUGCGCCUCUCGGCCGACGAGACCGAGGUCGUCGCCUCGGACUUCAACGCCGACUUUGUCAAGAAGAUGCUCGCCAAGAUCGAUUAUGCUGCGUUUCACGGCGCGGCCACGUCGCUCGGCGUGGCCGACGGCCUCCCGUCGGCCAUGACCGAGGCCGACAUGGCCAACGACGAGGUCUUGAAGAAGGUGCAGCACGCGCUUCUGGAUGUGCAUGUGAAGAAGGGCACGCUCACGUGCCCCGAGUCGGGCCGCGAGUUUCCGAUCGUCGAUGGCAUCCCCAACAUGCUGUUGCGCGAAGACGAAGUAUAA